AUGACACUGCAAUCCUUUAAAAACAGCAGCGGCUUUUCCUCUACCUUCCUGUUGAGUGGCAUACCUGGACUGGAGCACCUACACAUCUGGAUCUCCAUCCCAUUGUUCCUGAUGUAUCUGAUCUCCAUCCUGGGAAACUGCACGAUUCUUUUUAUCAUUAAAACAGAGCCCUCACUCCAUGAACCUAUGUACCUCUUCCUGUCAAUGCUGGCUCUGACAGAUCUGGGUCUUUCUCUUUGCACCCUCCCUACUGUGUUGGGUAUUUUUUGGAUUGGUGCACGAGAUAUUGGACAUGAUGCCUGCUUUACUCAGCUAUUUUUCAUUCAUUGCUUGUCUUUCCUAGAGUCUUCUGUGCUCCUUUCUAUGUCCUUUGACCGCUUUGUGGCUAUUUGUCGGCCCUUGCACUAUGCUUCCAUUCUCAACAAUACUGUCAUUGGUAGGAUUGGCCUAGCCUCUCUCGGGCGCAGUGUGGCUCUAAUUUUCCCAUUGCCUUUUAUGCUCAAAAGGUUCCCCUAUUGUCACUCCCCAGUCCUUUCACAUUCUUAUUGUCUUCACCAGGAAGUGAUGAAAUUGGCCUGUGCAGACAUCAAAGCCAACAGCAUCUAUGGCAUGUUUGUCAUUGUCUCCACUGUGGGUGUAGACUCGGUGCUCAUUCUCUUCUCCUAUGCUCUGAUCCUGCGUACUGUGAUGUCCAUUGCUUCUAGGACUGAGAGAAUCAAAGCUCUUAACACCUGUGUUUCUCACAUCAGUGCUGUUCUCCUCUUCUACACCCCCAUGAUUGGCUUGUCUGUCAUCCACCGCUUUGGGAAACAGGCCCCUCAUGUAGUCCAGGUUAUCAUGGGCUUUGUGUAUCUUCUAGUCCCUCCCCUGAUGAACCCCAUUGUCUAUAGUGUGAAGACUAAACAGAUCAGAGAUCGAAUUACUCGUGCCUUUUGCUGCUAG